GAUUAGUGGCCUAAAUAAGGGAUUAUUAGUUCGUUGUAGUCACUACCGUUCGCACAGAAGCAAUCCGAGUGUUGAAACUUUGCAGUCAGGGUGGGUGUGUGAGUUUUCAGUGAGAGGUGCACUAAGUAGCGAGCCCCUGGGGAGUAAGGAGCCGGGCUUAGUUUUGAAAACUGUGCUUUGAUGAAGUCUUAUUUAGCGAGUACCGCACCCGACUAUACAGCAUUACUUUGGGAACACCACUUUGUUUGACUCUGACGUUAGACACAAAAGUGAGAUACAACAUGGAUACCACGAUUUCAGCCACAACCCACAAGUCCCCCUUAGCCGUCCUUUUCGUCUUUACCCUCGUCUUCUCAACCUCGAUGACUCCAGCCCAGUCGCAGUUUUGCUCCGAUAGACCAGGGGGAUGCUGCCCGGGCCGAGACGAUGCGUGCACCGUCCCGAGGGGAGACACGCUGUGCUACUGCGACGAGUUCUGUCUCCGGUCCAAAGAUCCCGAUUGCUGCCCGGACGUUUUCAACAAUUGUACGGCGUUGCCGGUGACUGUGGCACCGCUCAGCCCAAAUCCUCUCAAAAGUGAUUGUCUUUACAAAGGAAAACACUACUUCGCAGGAGAUUCCAUCAAAAUCAAUUGCAACACAUGCACCUGCCUACUCGAUGUGGGGGGUUACGAACUGCAAUGCGAGGACAAGGUCUGUCUCAUUAGGGAAGAAAUCAUCAAUGCAGUCAACUCAGAUAGUAACGGGUGGUUGGCCCGAAAUUACACUUUCCUGUGGGGUUUAACUCUUGAAGAAGGGGUACGGAGACGUCUCGGUACUCUAAAGCCCGCCCCCUUUGUCGCCGGAAUGAAAGAGAUCGCGAUAGAACAAAUGGAAGAUCUGCCGGAGAGUUUUGACUCCCGCCAAAAGUGGCCAGGGUGGAUUGAGGACGUAAUGGACCAGGGGAACUGUGGGAGUUCGUGGGCUGUCUCCACUACAUCUGUGGCAUCUGAUCGCUUGGCCAUCCAAUCUAUGGGUAAUAUGAAACUACCCUUGUCUGCUCAGAAUCUUCUGUCAUGCAACACCAGACGACAGAGGGGGUGUGAUGGUGGACACUUGGACCGGGCCUGGUACUAUGUGCGUAAAUAUGGGGUUGUCACUGAUAAAUGCUACCCCUAUAAGAGUGGAAUGGACGAGUCCAGUAAGAUGGAGAGGUAUCCUUGCAUGCUACCACGUCACCAGUCAACACCGUGCCCCCACAAUGACACAACAUCCGGGAAAUAUCACUCAAGUCCUCCCUAUAGGAUAUCAGAAAAGGAAUCUGAUAUAAAAGCGGAAAUCUUCAAGAACGGUCCGGUACAAGCGACAUUUUUAGUCAAAGACGAUUUUUACUCGUAUGCUGGAGGUGUGUACAAAUAUACGCGAGAGGCGGUGAAAGGUGCCAGUAAGGGCAAGCUAAGAUCUGGAUACCAUUCCGUUCGGAUCAUCGGAUGGGGUGUGGACCGUACUAAUCCUAGCAGCUCGCUGCCGUACUGGAUCUGCGCCAACUCUUGGGGGACCCAGUGGGGUGAAAACGGUCUGUUCAGGAUCAUUCGGGGUCAGAACGAAUGCGGCAUCGAAUCUUUUAUAGUUGGUGUCUGGGGCGACAUAGACAUGGAGAUGAUGAGGCACUGAGAUGGCAAAUUCUUUUGGAGAGUUUGCACCUCUUUCAUUCUUGGCCAAGUUCGCGUAAGGACUAUAACCAUAGUCUGACUACCAUUGCCCAAACUAUGCGUACAGUUGGACUAUAGACGACUAUUUGGAACCAACGUAUCCGGUGUCCCAUGGAAUUCGUUCCUCCGGAGAUUUAGUCUUGGCCCAAGACUAUGGUGCUUGAUUCUGGAUAGUGUACUACGCGCAAAGUGUAGUCUAGAUUUCAAGCC